GUUCUGUAAAAGCUGUUUUGUGAAUGACAUCAGCUCAGAGGGAGGAGAGAAGGAGAAGGAGAAGAAGAGAGCGAUAGAGGGAGAGACAAAAAGUGGUUCCUCUGUUUUCAGCUCAUUUUCUCCUGGACUCCAUCAGAGAAGCAGCUGCCAUCAUGUCGGAUGAAUUCUCCUCGUCUUUUGUCGCAGACUUCGAGACCAUCUACGAGGAGCUGAACUUAACCAACUACAUGUACAACUACUCCGGCUUCACCCCUGACCCCGAGACGCAGCCCUGCCCGCACUUCUCCAUCAGCAACGUCGCCAUGGUCGCCAUCGCGGCCUUCUACGUCCUGAUCUUCCUCCUGGCGCUGCCCGGCAACCUCUGCGUGUCCCUGGUGAUCGCCAACACCAAGCAGGCCCUGCCCCCGUCCGACCUGUACCUGCUCCACCUGGCCAUCGCCGACCUCCUGCUGGCCUUCACGCUCCCCUUCUGGGCCACUUCGGUGUCGCGCGGGUGGAUCUUCGGAGACAUCCUGUGCAAAAUCGUCACCGUUUUCCAGGAGCUGAGUUUUUAUUCCAGUAUCCUGUUCUUGUCGUGCAUCAGCGUGGACAGAUAUCUUGUGAUAGUCCGCGCGAUGGAGGAGAGGAGGAGGGACCGUAAACUGCUCAGCUGGGCCGUGUGUGGGGCCGUGUGGUUGGUCGGAGCGUUUUUGUCUCUCCCCGGUCUCUUUAGCUCUGCCUACACUUCACAAAACUCAAGUCAAAUCGUCUGCCACGAACGCUACGACCCGACCAGCGCGGAUUCUUGGCGUUUGGCGACGAGGAUCGUGCGUCACACUUUAGGCUUCUUGAUCCCGUUGGCGGUCAUGCUGGUCUGCUACGGCGUCACCAUCCAGCGCUUACUGCAAAUCCGCGGAGGUUUUCAGAAGCAGAAAGCGAUGCGAGUGAUUGUUUGUGUGGUCGGGGCGUUCUUACUGUGCUGGAUGCCCUACCACAUGGCGGUGAUGGCGGACACGUUUUUCCGGACGAAGUUGGUGCCGUACCGGUGUCCAGCGCGGUUGGCCGUGGACGGGGCGAUGCUGGCGACGCACAGCCUGGGUCUCCUUCACAGCUGCGUGAACCCGGUGCUCUACGCGUUUGUGGGAGUGAAGUUCAGGAGGAGGUUUGAACAGAUCCUCAGGAAGAUCGGGCUCAAGAAAAGCACAGCGGUGCCCCGGCCGAGUCGCAGCUCCGUGUCCUCAGAGGCCACCUCCACUUUUAUGUGAGGAGAUGGAGAACAUCUGAACCUGGUGGACUCUCCAACCACAUCUUCAUCAUGGCAUUUCCAUUCACUGUAAAUAUAAAUGGACAUAGCUAACCUGCUAGCAGCUAUGUUGCAAACAGGAAGUGAACAUGGGCGCACUUACGGCUCCAGUUCACGUUCAAUUGAAAAAGUGUGUCCUUGUUUAGGGUGAGCAGAUGUCCCGGUUGACCCAGGACAGUCCCAGUUUUGAUCCUGUGUCCUCUGUCCCAGCAGAUUUACACAAAACCACUGAUUUGUCUCAGUAUUAAACAAGAAAUGUCCCAGAUGUCUCUAUUUUGGACCAAUCUGAGCCUGACAACAGAAAAAAAAGAAGCAUAAAUUGUCAUUUAUUUAAGUAAAAUACCGAAAAGGAUUCUUAAAAAAGUCUAAAACACAAAGAAAAUGUGUCUGUACUGUCUCACAUGUCAUGAAUGAGCCGAGUACAAAUCAGUUUUCUUUAAUGAUGACGAUUUCACAAUUUUAUUAUCACCAACCACCACAAACCAAGAGUGUCCCAGUUUUUGAUUUUGAAAAUCUGGUCACCCUACUCUUGCUGUGUAACUGCGACCGUCAGACUCGUCAUUUUGGUCUUAAAAUGUUUGUCUGAACCUGCUCUACAUGAUCCUGGAGUUUUAUGUCACUGUUUUGUGCCUAAAUCAAGAUCUGAACAUUAAUAACAGACAAUCUUAGCUCCAAAUUGGCUCCUGUAACUGCUGGCCUCAUGAGCUUCAUUGGACUGCAAACACUGGGUAACGUCACACUCACUUAGUCCACUUCUUUAUACAGUCUGUGAUCAUUUCUCAUAUUUUCAAACAUCAUGUUAAAUCUUUGGGCAUUGUGCAUCAGGAGGAGCUGUUGUACUUUGGUUAGAAUGCUGGAGGUCUUGGUUUAGACCCAGAUUAGACCUGGUCCAGUCCUGGUCCAGUCCUUUUAUAUGAGAACUCACAACAUUCUCUUAAAACAUUACACUGUUUGAUUUGUUUCAGUCUUUUCAUUUUGAGGACUUAUGAUCGUUUAAAGUGCAGAUGAAGGUCAGAACACUUGUUCUCUAAAAGACCAUUAACAUCAGGUUUUAUUCUGCUGAAUUGAUAUUGUUAAAUUGUUAUUUUGUGGUUGGACACGAGCAGCAGAUGGGACAUAUGCAGAGGUCAUUCCUGAACUGUUACCUAGCAACCAUAAUGUAAACAAGGGCCGAAGCCUCUUCAGACUCCACAAUCGUGAUCAUUAGAUGAACACAAA